UGCGGUUUGUGUGUGUGAAAAAGCGACCAUUCGAAUGUCAAAUGUAUAGAGCAUACAGUGAUUAUUGAAAUAAAUAAACGAAAGGUUCACUCAAACAAUUCGAUCAUUUAUUUACCAUUUUGGCUCAGCAAGUCGAAAAAAUUUUUAGAAUAGAAAUCAUCGACACACAGAGUGAAAUCAAGCAAUAAUGGCAGCAAACGAAGAAAGCGUUGUCGAUAAUAUGAAACAUUGUUAUGAGAAUUUAAUAUUAAUUGAUGUUGGUGCAAAUUUAACGAAUAAAAAAUACAGCCGUGAUCUUGAUGCAGUCGUACAACGCGCCCAGGAUUCAGGUAUUCAAAAGUUAAUGGUUCCGGGUACAUCAGUGAAAUCCAGCAAAGAGGCAUUAAGAUUGACAAGACUUUAUCCAGGCACAAUUUACUCGACUGCAGGUAUUCAUCCGCUUGAUUCCAAAUCGAUAAUUGAAGAGCCAGAGAGUUGGAUUGAAUACGAAUCAAUAGCAAAUCAGCCAGAAUGUGUGGCGAUUGGCCCGUGUGGAUUGGAUUACCAAAGAGACUUUUCCGAGCCCAAUGUCCAAAAAGAAGUAUUCGAAAAACAGUUAGAAUUAGCCGUUAAACUGAAUAAGCCAGUUUUGAUACAUGAACGAUCUGCUCAGGAAGAUGUUUUGAAUAUACUCUCGAAAUUUCCAAAUAUUCCACAGAUUGUAAUUCGUGGUUUCAUGGGUUCAGCAGAAGAGGCUUUAGUUUAUUUGUCUCGAGGCUAUUACUUGGGAUUUACUGGCUAUCUUUGUAAGGAUAAAUCGGACACUGGUGUUCGAAAAUUACUUGAAAGUAAUGAAUUACAAUUGGAACGAAUUUUGGUUGAAAGUGAUGCACCAUUCAUGUAUCCAAAUACUCGUGCUUCCAAGCUUCCACAACACGUAAAAAGUGGCAUUACCGAACGAUCGCAAUUAUUUUUGCACAGAUAUUGUACAUUUCAACGAAACGAACCGUGUAGUUUACCGGCAAUCGUAGAAAUGAUUGCAGCUCUAAUGAGCAAAAAACCAGAAGAUGUGGCCUUAGCAACUGCCUUCAACGCACUUAAACUAUUUGGUUUAUCGCAAUAGAAUCGGGAAUAUUUUGAAAAAUUAAAAAAACUUCUCGUUCUCUCUUGUAUGAUUUAAAAUUCUCAUUCAAAUGUGAACUGCACACAAAUAUAUUUUAUAUAUUGAU